CUCAUUCUACUUGGCGCGCUCAGACGAACGGCGCGCCCCUCCAUUCAUUGCCGAUCAGUUCGCAACACUGGCACGACGUUGCCGCCGCGUUUAUUCUCUUACUUUUUAUUUCCAGUCAACUUUUCUUUUAUUUCAAGUGAAAGUCUCGAAUAUUCAUAUUGAAAACUCGAGCACAGUUAAAUUAUUUAAACCUUAAAAUUUGCACUUUGAUAAACAAAUCUCGGAAUAGUAGGCACGGGAAAUUGUUGAAACAGCUCUCGCUUGCAAUAAAUUCAUAUUCUUCAUACAUAGGGAUUUAUGAGAGGAUCGUGAAGAUUGCAACAUCACUUUCAAAUAGAAGACGACGUCUAAGGAACGAAAAUGUCGAAAAAACAUCUCCACAAUCAAGCCGCUAUACCGUUAGCUCCUGCGGUAUUCAAGAAACCUCAAAUGCGGCCGAUGAUAGCCGAGUAUGACCCAAAGAAAAAAGGAGUCAGGACUGACUUAUCAGAUGUCGUUAUGGUCAAGUAUAAAGUUGACCCUAAUGAAAUCCCGGUGGAACAACAGGCGGGGUCCACCCUGCCUCUUAUGGAAAUACCAGGACGGGACAUAGAGGCUGAUGAAGACUACAAUCCGUUUGAACACCGAAAACUGGCGCACCCUACAUCAGAUCUGGAUACACUUAUUCAUUUACUGAAAGGGUCGCUUGGAAGCGGAAUUUUAGCUAUGCCCAUGGCGUUUUUGCACGCCGGCCUGUACGUCGGGCUGUUCGCCACGUUCCUCGUGGGAGGCAUCUGCACGUACUGCGUGCACGUGCUGGUGAAGACCGCGCAUGAGCUGUGCCACAGGAUGCAGAAGCCAUCGCUCGGCUUCGCCGAGACGGCUGAGGCGGCUUUCUUGGCCGGCCCUCCGGCGGCACACAAGUUUUCGAGACUAGCGAAAGCCAUGGUGAAUUGGUUCCUUGUGGUGGACUUAUUAGGAUGUUGCUGCGUAUACAUAGUAUUUGUGGCAACGAAUGUAAAGCAAGUAGCCGAUUUUUAUGCAAAGGACACAGAAUGGCAUGAUAUGGAUGUACGACUCUACAUGCUUGCGACUCUACCUUUUCUAAUUCUUAUCAAUCUGAUCAGAAAUCUAAAGUACUUGGCUCCGUUUUCUAUGAUUGCGAACUUAUUGGUUGGCUGUGGAAUGGGUAUCACAUUUUAUUACCUGUUUCAAGAAAUGCCAGAAACCAGUGUACGCGAAAAUUUCGCUGGAUUCGACAAGCUACCGACAUUCUUUGGUACCGCUAUUUUCGCACUAGAGGGCAUCGGUGUCGUGAUGCCUCUGGAAAACAACAUGAAAACUCCCACUCACUUCAUCGGCUGUCCCGGCGUGCUAAACAUUGGCAUGUUCUUUGUCGUGUCUCUGUAUGCUACCACUGGAUUUUUCGGAUAUCUGAAAUAUGGACCCGAGACUCAAGGAAGCAUCACGCUUAAUCUUCCUCAGCAUGAAUUAUUGGGCCAGAGCGUGAAACUGAUGAUCGCCGUAGCUAUUUUCUUUACAUACAGUCUGCAGUUUUACGUGCCUAUGGAAAUCAUCUGGAAGAACGUUCGCCAUCUGUUUGGCGCCAGGAAAAACCUCGCCGAGUACAGUAUAAGAAUAGGGAUUGUACUUAUGACACUAGGCAUUGCUAUUGCCAUUCCUAAAUUAUCACCUUUCAUAUCACUUGUUGGUGCGGUAUGCCUAUCUUUCCUUGGUCUAAUAUUUCCGGCUGUUAUCGAAACCGUCACUUUUUGGGAUAGACCUAAUGGACUUGGCUUUUGCAAGUGGGUUCUGUGGAAAAAUAUGUUUUUGGUUUCAUUUGGCAUCCUCGGAUUUUUAACUGGUUCCUAUGUUAGCAUUUUAGAAAUUAUCAACGGUUGAGAUUAAUAUUCUAAUUAGGAAGUAUAUUAUAUAAAACUUACUCGGUCCCACAAUCGAGAAGUAGAAGUAUUUGUAUGUAUAAAAUGUAGUUGGAUAAGGACCAUUUGAAUCACUUUUUGCUUUUAGUUUCAUAACUAUAGUUUUAUAAUCGCAGUCUUAGCAAGUAAAAAUACGAGUAGAGUCAGACCAAGCUAAUUGGGCAGCGAUUUAAAUAGUAUAGUACAGACUGUGCAAGGGUUAUUUUAAAUGUCAAACUUCUAUGAAAUUACGGCGUUUAAAGUAACACUUGCACAGUCUGUGCUAUCAAAAUCGCUGCCGCGUUAGCUUAGUCUGACUCUAUUCGAAAGCAGAUGUCUGUUCACGCAAAACAAAGCGACAUAGGGAACAUGAUUAAAAUAUAACGUUACCUAGUAAUCCUAGGAAAUGAAAGUUGUCAAGCACCGGAGGGUUGUUAAAAGAGCCCGACCUUCUUGAUAUAAUGUAAUUGGCGAUAGGAGUUUAUACAAUUCGCAAAUGUAUUUUUUGAUAAAUAUAAUUAUUAAACAUCCUUCUUGUAGAGACAAGGUAAAAAACAAUCGAAUGCAGGACUGAACACAAUGGUCUCUAGAUCCAUAAUAUAUGGAAGUAUUGAGAUAUUUUUCACCUCAGCAUCUCGAACAAGCCUACUUUCGUCACUCCAGGGAGUGAGGUAAGUGCGACUUUCGCCAAUCCAGGGAGUGAGGAAAGAGCGAUUUUCGUCACUCCAGGGAGUGAGACAAAGUAGCUUUUUAUUAUUAUUAAUUUAGUGAAGGCCAUACAUACAGGAAUAUUUCUAGAAGCUUUCGUCAUUAUGAUGAUGCCUUUCAUUCAUGAAUUUUACAGGUGUGGUUAACUUUACUUGAUGUUGAAUUUUUUUAACCUUUAAUAUGUUCUCACUACUGAGGUGAAAAGUUGUAUGUGUCACACGAGAGCAAAGUUAUUUUACAUCUCGUGUUUUUAAGUCCUGAGUAAGCGAAAGAUUCUAAGUUAGAAUCUUGAGCAUAGCGAGGGAAUCAAAAACACUCGCAAGAAAAAACAACUUUCCUCUCUUGUUGCACAAAUUACUAUUAACACGUUCACUGUCUUCAUAUAACAUAAUAUGUAAAGUCACACGUCCAAGUGUGCUUUAACUUUUAAGUUGUGAACCCACAAAAAAGCUUCAUGAGCCCACAUUGGAGGCACCCGGACAGGGAACGUGUUAAGACCGUAUUAGUGCAUUUGACCACACUGCCCGAGUUUCGCUGGACUACGGAGUACCAUGGUUGACACAGAUAACCGAUCGUUUAGUAGUCCUUACUGCAACAAUAAAGGAUUCCCAAUGGUCAGUUACGUAGUGUCGCUGUAAGUAUGGCACGGAGUCUUGUGUUUACAUGAAGUAUUAUUCCUUAGCCCCGAAUCUCUGUAGCCAUGUAGGUUUAAAACAACUGUAGAUAACUUUAUAUGAACGUGUGAGAAUUUUCUAGUGCAUUAAUGAAAUGUGAUACAUUUAGGUUAAUGAUAACCCAUUAUUAAACUUGCUUUAACAAGCAAAAUAUAUAUUUUCGGAUGUAGAUAAAAACAAGUAGGUGAUGAUACCACUGAAUUGCCUUUUUAGAUGAUCCAAAUUGUGCAAAAUAUAAUUAGAUAUUGCUAUUAGAUUAAAAAUCAUAAUUCAAAGUAUUUUGUGAUAGUGUGAAUGCAUUUUCAUUAGAGUACAAUGAGUGCUUUCCAAACUAGAGAUUUAUAAGGCGAUUGAAAGCAUUUAAAUAAUAGCUUACCAAGCUAAUAUCUAAGAUGGUGUUGAAACUACCAGUAACAUUAGAUAUUAUUAAGACCCAGGGCCGGAUUUAGGGGAGGGCAACCGAGGCUACAGCCCCGGGGCCGCCUCAAAAGAGGGGCCCCCACAAUAGAGACUUCGGAAAAUGUACCAUUUUAUUUGAAAAAUAAUUUGGGGCCUUGGGGCCUCUACUCCUUUAUUUCCCGAUGCCUCCAGACCUCUAAAUCCGGCAUUAGGAAGACCAUCAUACAUAGGGCAAGAAUUCUCGUAUUUUUAUACGAACCAGGCACGAGCUUCUGUUCUACCAACCUUCUGUAAGUAGAGUAUGUGUAAAAACGCAAGAGUUAAAGUGACGUAAGAGCUUGUAGACAGUCUUCACCACAUUGACCUUAAUUCCGUUGAAAUAAGUCCAGAAUCAUACGCCAUCUACUGUAGUACACUUUAGAGAAUAUCUCUCGCCGUUUAACGUUUUAACUUAAGUAUUUAACUCUUAUGGUGCGAGUCUGCCUAAUAGGCCACUUCUAAAUAAUCGACGUACGCCUACAACGGAGCACAAAGCUAGAUAACAUUUUGAUAAGAGAUAGAUUCAAUACGUACGGAACACUCGAAGUCCGAGUUUGACUCGCGCUUGCCACUGGGCAAUAUUGUAUUUUUUAAAGUGGUAGGGUCAAAUGUAGUUUAUACUUGUAUUUAUUAUUAGUUUGAUAAAAUAUAUUUAAUUUCAGAAUAUUAUUGACAUGUUCCUAAUAAUCAGCAGAUUUAAGCACAUGUACCGUUUAUAACCGGCAUAAGUUUUAACAGGUUGAUACGGUCACGUCUGAAAAUAUAGAUACGGACGAAAAAGUGCCAAAAAUUUGUGUACACCUUAAUGGCCAAUAAGGUCGUGUAUACAUGUUUUUGAGACUUUGCUCGUAUCGAUAUUUCCAGACGUGACUAUACCUACUCCAAAUAGGCAUGUCUUGUUACUAUUCACAUUAUCAAAAAUACGAGGACCGGUCUGAAAGUUGUUAGUUACUCCGGCUCUACUCAUGUGAUUGCCAUAUUAUUUUCAUUUCUCAUGCUCUGAAAGUGGUUCGUUGUUGUUCUAAAAAGUGUGUAGAAAAUUAUAACUCCCCGUUCCAUAAAUAACGAUACCAAUAUUGUAAAUUGAAAGCACCCUCAAGAUAUACUACUGAAGCUUAUGCUUGGCCUUGUUUGUGGUUAUCGUGCAUCGUAUAUCGUACUUACUCAAAAUGAAUAGAAGAGGGUUUAACUCAGAUCAAAGGCACCAUUUUAGUUUCGGACUAUUGGCGCUCGAACGCAGUGAGCAACUACCUCGGCAGAAAUAAGUGGCUUAAACAUCUUGUACCAUUGUGUGAAUUUCGAUGCUAAAGUACCUAUUGAGCAUGAAAAAUAUUUUAACUAAUGACAAUUGUAUUUUUUUACGAAAGCUUUUUAGAAAUUAUUUAGACUAGUUCGCCCCGAACUGAGAGCUCCCGGUUCGCCAAAAACUAUAUAAAGUGGAUUCAUAGAGCAGCUAUUUCAUUUUUGCCGCGAAUGAAUAAAACAUGUGGAAAUACAAGGUGGCUGCCGUUUUUUUAUAAUUUCGGUGACGGAUUUAUAUUAAGGGGCCUUUCUAAUUUUCAUACAUACAUUUUCAUCAUGAUCAGGCAGAAAUAAAGAACUUCAAGAUGGCGGCCAUUUUUUUGCAAUUUUGACUACGGAAUCCUAUUAAGGAGCCUUUCGAAUCGUCAGAUAUAAAUGUUAUGACAUUAUGCGGCCUUCUAGGUCCUCAGUUAUCAAUUAUUGUCAAGAUCAGACCACUGAAUCAAAAUAAAUAGGUAGUUUAAGCGAUUUUACACCACCUUAAUCAGUACCGAAAGAUCCCUCACAAUGGUAUAAAUUAUAUAUAUCUCAGACCGGCACUCGUAAAAGUAGCACUAGGAUGUUGGUGAUAAACAGUGUUUUGCUGUCCCUGUAGGUUGUGUGUAAAUAAAUUGUACUUUAUAUCCUACCGAGGCAGUCUUUUAUGGUGAUUUUAGUGCGUAGCCUUUCUGACAUACAGAUGAUACAGAUUGAUUCACAAGAGCAAGUGCCGAAUGUCUAUGAAAACAUUGACAAUUAUUUCUACAUUUGUAUAUUUUAUAUUAGAUUAGUAUCGCGCGCCAGGUCUUAUAUUUAUAUCCUAUUUCUGGUAGAGAAAGUAAUUAGGUUUAUUACGUACAGCGAGCUACAAAUGUGCAUAAUCACUUUUUGAAUGAAUUCCAUUCAUACUUUUGCAGCUGUGUGUCCAUCCCAAGUGAGUAGUAACAAAUUUUGUAAUUUAUUAUAGGUACCUACACGACUUUAUCAUUAUUUUGAAUGCUAACUAUUAGAUAUUUCCAACCUUUUAUUAUCAUCCCCUGUCAAAUCAAAAUUAAAAUUAAUUUCUUAUGAGUUUGUAUAAUCAUCAUCUUCCUGGCGUUAUCCCGGUUUUUUGCCAUUCUUAUGAGUCUGGUAUAAUAAUUAACAAUCUAACUGUACUUAAUAGCAAUUUUGUAUCGUUCUUCGCGCAUAUGUUAAUGUUCGCUAACGACUAAUGAAAAUAGAUUAAAUCAACAGUCCGUGGUAAUGUUUCCUGUGUAGGUAUAGGUAAAUGAGAAGAUGUAAUCUUGUAUGUGUAUUGUCGGAAGCAUAGGCACCUAAACAUCUGUUUUCCCAUCAUGCUGUUUUAUUUUUUCUUUAAGUUUAUCAUUGAGUUAACUUUUAUUAUUACUUUAGAAAAUUUAAAGCAUAUUGGCAAUUUAUUUUUGUGUAUUGUAGACUCAUUUUGAUACAUGUCAAAUGUAUACCUAAUAGUUAUCUGUAAAGGAAAUCAUUCCUAAGAUCAUUGGUAUGAAUUACCGAUUUUAGAUUAUAAUGGUUGUUUUGUUACAGUAUUAAAAUAUACGAGAUUUAAGGAAUAA